AUGGGCGAUUAUCUUGCCAGUGCAUCUUUCGACGGCACUUGGCGUCUAUGGGACGUAGCACGAGCUCAGGAGCUCAUGCUUCAAGAGGGACACAGCCGUGAAGUUUAUACUGUGGAUUUUCAAUGCGAUGGCGCCUUGGUUGGAUCUGGCGGGCUGGAUGGGAUUGGGCGAGUCUGGGAUGUGCGCACGGGUCGCACGGCCAUGGUACUUGAUGGACACGCAAGGGAAAUUCUUGGAAUGGCAUUUGCGCCGAAUGGAUACCAAUUAGUGUCGACUUCAGGCGACGAUACCGCACGCGUAUGGGAUCUUCGCACAUUGAGCAGCAUCUACACUAUCCCAGCACAUCGCUCAUCUGUCGCAGAUGUGCGCUUCUUCCAAGCGGCUGAUGAGCGAGCUCCGGAGCCCUUACCCUGGACAAGUGAUGAUAACGUUUCUAUGGAUGUGGAAGACCAUGCGCCCGACUACGAUACCCGAGCGCUUCGCCGAUCCGGGAUGUACUUCGCCACUGCCGGCUAUGAUGGCCUGGUGAAGAUUUGGAGUGCCGACGAUUGGCAGCUUGUCAAGGCACUCAGUGGCGACUCGGGCAAAGUGAUGAGCGUCGACGUGAGCUCAGAUGGACAUCGCCUCGCGAGCGGAGAAUGGGCGCGUACAUUCAAACUUUGGGGCCAUAUAUAG